AUGGCGGGGGGCAUGUACACCAAGAUGACGUCCACAGGCUCAUCACUCAUUGUGAACUCGCGUACGAUUUCCAGGGAGUUAGAAGCUAAGAUAGCAGCGGCUAUUGCGGACGUUAUUACGUCUCAUGAUGUGUCUAAAUUGACUACAAAGCUCGUGCGUCAAGCCGUGGAAAAGGAGGUGCGCGUAAGUCUCACAAAUCACAAGGACGUGCUUAAGCGUUUGAUGCAUCAAGAGCUGCGCAAGCAUAAAGCAAAGAAAAUUGCGAAGCGUGCGGUGAUAGAGCCUUGGAAGAAUACUUUAAGGCGUGAGAGCAUCACUAAGGGCCUCAACUGCAUCUACCAGAUGCUUUGCGAUACCUCGAGCUUUCCGGACUGGGGGCUGCAUGCCAUUCAGUCGCUAUAUGAUUUGCAAGCGGUGGAAAAAGGCGAUGUGCUACGUCGGUCAACGCUCUACGCCAGACUUACUGGCGCUUUGUGGCUCAAGGCUGAUCGACAUGCUGAUUGGGCUGUUGGCACCGUCCCUACUCCCACUCAGCUCAUUAAUGCAAUAACUGCUGUUUAUAUCGUGGAGCGAUUAGGUAUCUCACAUUCAAGGCGAGUUGAAUUGUUGGACUUGUGUGAUCAAUCACCUGCUAUCUAUGGUGCUAAGGAGCUUCUCGGUUGGAAUCCCGCAGAAAUUUCUCCACAGAUGGACAAAAAGAGUGGAAUAUCCCUAUACGAGCACAUGACAAGGGCACUAAUGCUGUGGCAUUACGCAUUUGCGCUAGGGAUCUCGAUUGGAUUCACUUUACCUCAGCUUCUGAAACACUUGGGGUCAAUAUACCCGUAUAAGGGCCCGGAAGAUCUUUCGAUCCAAGAGUACGAAGAUCAGGUGCACUUCGUCACGACUCUUAUCUUCGUACUGACGAACCAUGGACGUCUGCGCUGCGAAAUUGAACUUCUACCUCAUGAAUAUUUCUUUUUGCGCCAUCAUCUUGUCUAUCACCUGGCGCAACAAGAUGUGGCUUUGCUUAGUGAAAUCAUGAGGGCUUUGAGGUGUUUUGAAGGCUCGAACGAUCUUGUACCAAUGCGCCGGGGAAUGGCCUUCUUGCUGUUGUCUCAACGAGAGGAUGGGUCUUGGCCGAGUGGAGAUACACAAGAUCUCAAUCUGCGCUACUUUUCAACCAUGCAAGCGCUUUGGGCUUUAUGUGAGCCGAAGCGAAUAGGAUUUGCACCUGCGUUUAUUGAAGCAACUCCUAUCUUAGAGCUUCACUUGAACGCGGAAACUAAAAAUUUUGAUAACAAUUCCAUGGAAAUUUCUAAGGAUCCUACAAAGGAUGCAAAGAAUGCUAAUGCUGUUUCUGAAGUGGCUGUGGCAACAGCAGCUGCUCCGUCCAAAGACGAAGACGUGGCAACGCGCGUAGUAUUCAUACAAGGUUUACUCAAUCAAAAUGGCAACGUAAAAAGCGUCUCUGCUGCUCUCGCCACACAUGUGAUGAGCACACUCGCAGACAUGGUGCUUACAGUAGACAUCUUGAAGAGUACUGGUGUCGGACGUACUAUUAACAAAUUACGCAAGCACUCCACACCCUCUGUUGCUAAGGCAGCCACACAACUUGUGGCAAAAUGGAAAAAAGAUUUGUUGUAG